AUGUCUGGUGGUAAAGGUAAAUCUGGUUCUUCUGAAAAGGCCUCAACUUCAAGAUCUUCCAAAGCUGGUUUGUCAUUCCCAGUCGGUAGAGUUCACAGACUCUUGAGAAAGGGAAACUAUGCUCAAAGAGUUGGUUCUGGUGCUCCAGUUUACUUAACUGCUGUCUUAGAAUAUUUAGCAGCUGAAAUCUUAGAAUUGGCUGGUAACGCAGCAAGAGAUAACAAGAAGUCAAGAAUCAUCCCAAGACACUUACAAUUGGCCAUCAGAAAUGAUGAAGAAUUAAACAAGUUAUUAGGUCAUGUUACUAUUGCUCAAGGUGGUGUCUUACCAAACAUUCACCAAAACUUAUUACCAAAGAAGUCUGGUAAGCCAGGUAAGGCUUCUCAAGAAUUAUAA